AUGUUUCCGUCGUGCAUGUCUCUGCUGCCGCGGAGGGCGGAGCCCCGGCCUCCUAGGCCCGGUCAGGCCGCCGUUGUACUCAAUGUAUACGAUAUGUAUUGGACGAAUUGGUACACAGCGGGUGCGGGUGUAGGCGUUUUCCACAGCGGUGUACAAGUUCACGGCUCGGAAUGGGCCUACGGUGGACAUCCGUAUGCAUUCACCGGUGUCUUCGAAAUAACACCAAGAGACGAAAGGGAGUUAGGAGAACAGUUCCGCUUCAGGCAAAGCGUUCACAUAGGAUACACAGAUUUCAGUGAAGAAGAGGUGAGGCGACUUGUUAAUGAAUUAGGCAAGCAGUUCCGGGGGGAUAGAUAUCAUCUCAUGAACAAUAAUUGUAAUCAUUUCACGUCAGCGUUCUGUUUGGCGCUUUGUUCCCGCGAUAUUCCGUCAUGGGUCAAUCGUCUCGCCUACGUUAGCUCGUGCGUGCCAUUCUUACAGCGGUGUUUACCAAAAGAGUGGCUAACCCCGGCCGCCCUUCAACACUCGCUGGCCGCUCACUCGCGGUCUUCAUCACCCGCUACACCUGACUCGCAGGCGUCACAAUAG